CUUUUAAGAGAGGGACUUUCCACAUCCCUUCACCUUUCUGAGGAACCUGUCUGUUAAAUCCUUCCUUAUUUCAAGACCGUUUAUCUGCUUGACCUGCCGGACUUUCGCCAGUUUGCUGCUUUGAAGAAGCUGAGAGAAACUUCCAAGACAGAUGGCCGACUCUGCAGAAGAUGCUCCCAUGGCCAGAGGUAGUCUGGCAGGCAGUGAUGAAGCCCUUAUUCUCCCUGCAGGACCCACAGGGGGCUCCAACAGUCGUGCCUUGAAGGUGGCAGGCCUGACCACCCUGGCAUGCCUGCUGCUGGCCAGCCAGGUCUUCACUGCCUACAUGGUGUUCGGCCAGAAGGAGCAAAUCCACACGUUGCAGAAGAACUCAGAGAGAAUGAGCAAACAGCUGACCCGCUCAUCCCAGGCUGUGGCUCCAAUGAAGAUGCACAUGCCCAUGAACAGCCUGCCUCUGCUGAUGGACUUCACUCCGAAUGAGGACUCCAAGACUCCCUUGACUAAACUGCAGGACACUGCUGUUGUCAGUGUGGAGAAACAGUUGAAGGAUCUCAUGCAGGACUCCCAGCUGCCGCAAUUCAACAAGACCUUCCUCGCCAACCUGCAGGGCCUGAAGCAGCAGAUGAAUGAGAGCGAGUGGAAGAGUUUUGAGUCCUGGAUGCGUUACUGGCUGAUCUUCCAGAUGGCCCAGCAGAAGCCUGUACCCCCAACGGCUGAUCCAGCCUCUUUGAUCAAGACCAAAUGCCAGAUGGAGUCAGCACCUGGAGUCAGCAAGAUCGGUUCCUACAAGCCCCAGUGUGACGAGCAGGGCCGCUACAAGCCCAUGCAGUGCUGGCACGCCACUGGCUUCUGCUGGUGUGUGGACGAGACUGGCGCAGUCAUUGAGGGCACCACCAUGCGCGGCCGCCCCGACUGUCAGAGGAGAGCCCUAGCUCCUCGUCGCAUGGCGUUUGCACCCAGUCUGAUGCAGAAGACCAUCAGCAUUGAUGAUCAGUGAAACAAAUGAAGCAAGGUGUUGGGUGUUUCUUUUCUUCAAGCAAUCUUCGCAGACAUGAUAACAUAACUCAAUUUAUGAUGGAUGCUGAACCGCGUGCAGUAAUUGUUUUAAUUUCUGAUCAGGUAUUCUUCCAUGUAACCUCUUGAUUUUAACUAUUUUGCUAGCUGCUUGAAAUAAAAUCAGUAGAGGCCUGUUACAGUUUAUUUCUUUUAAUGUUUUAAAUUGUAGUGCUUUAUAGCAAACAAAUCUGGGGGUGUUCUCAUUGACAUAUUAAUCUAGAUGUUCAUAUCAUCUACAGUAUAUUAAAGUAUGUGUGUUAAACGUGUUUGCUUAAAGGGUCGGUUCACUCAAAUUACAUGUUUUCUCCCUUACCUCUACGCUAGUAUCUACACAUGGAGGUAGUUUCUGAGAUGUCUGCUUCCACCCCACUACAAUAGAGGGGAAUGGAAGUUUGUUUAUGUUGCAUACAGCAUUGAAAAGUUACAUUUAAAAAUGUGAACAGCCAAGACUCUUUCCAGAAACAAUGUCCCCUGUUACUCUGAAUAAUCCACAGACCCCACUGAAGACAGUUUUCAUAGGGACAAAUUUGGUCGAAAGUAGUUCCAAUAAAAACUGUUCACAGUGAAGUCUGGAUUAUUCAGAGUAAUGGGGACACGGUUUCUUGAGAGAGAUGUUGCUUUUCUAAUUUUUUGUAAAUGUUUUUCAAUGCUGUGAUCACCACACGCGAAAUAAAACCAGAACUAUUUGCAUGGCUAGAUAUAUGAGAGUUUAGUGAGAAAAUGUUUAUAUGUUUGUUUUUGUUUUUUUGUAAUUUGGGUGAUCCGGCCCUUUAAAGGAAGUGACCGUAUGAGAAAGUGACUUUUCUAUGAAGGUAUUUGUGUUAAGAAGGCAAAAUAAAGUUUUCCUAAUAACA